UAUAUAUAUAUAUAUACUCUAAUAAUGCCGUUGCAUGAUUCUGAAGACAUGCUUUCAAUUAUGCACAUUACACCAAUAUUAUUUAUAUUUUUUAAUAUAGUAACACUUAAAAUAAUUGUUAUUUGCAAAAAAUAAAUAAAUAAAACCAAUUUGCAAAUUCAGCAUACUUUCUAAAACAAAAAAUAAGCCAGUACUCCAGUACAUUCUUCAUCUCACAAUUUCGUGCCUUCCAAGCUUUCUCUCUCCUGAUUUUUGUUUUCCCUCCUUUCCAAAAUCACAAUCCCCAAACCUCCAAAAGAGGGAAAAAUGAGAACAAAUGCGGAAUGCUUACAGGAGCUGCUUCUCUGCGCAGCGGCGGCCGCCGUGAGCUAUUUCGGCGGGAGCAUGUUGCUGAAGCGUCUCGAUCCCAACCGGAAAGCCGCCAAAGCCGGCGUAGAAAAGAGGAAGGCAAUCGCGAAGCGUUUAGGCCGACCUCUCGUCCAGACUAAUUGUUAUGAGGAUGUUGUAGCGUGUGAUGUGGUCAAUCCAGACAAGAUCGAUGUUGACUUCGACUCCAUUGGAGGACUGGAUGGGUUCAAACAAGAACUGUACGAGCUCGUGAUUCUUCCGUUGCGAAGGCCGGAGCUGUUUUCUCAGGGGAAGCUUCUUGGUCCGCAGAGGGGUGUUUUGCUGUAUGGACCGCCUGGAACUGGCAAGACCAUGCUUGCUAAAGCGAUUGCGAAAGAAUCUGGAGCUGUAUUCUUCAAUCUCAGAAUAUCGAAUUUGAUGGCUAAAUGGUUCGGUGAUGCUGAGAAACUAGUGGCUGCGGUGUUCACCUUGGCUCACAAACUACAGCCAGCUAUUAUCUUCAUCGAUGAAGUGGAUAGCUUUUUGGGCCAGCGCAAAUCUUCGGACCACUACGUAAUUUCUAUGAUGAAGACUGAGUUUUUGUCUCUGUGGGAUGGUUUCAACACAAACAAGAAUGCUCGUGUUAUGGUACUUGCUGCUACUAAUCGCCCCUCAGAACUUGAUGAAGCAAUCCUGCGACGACUUCCUCGAGCAUUUGAGAUCGGGAUGCCUGAUUUGAAGGCGAGGGUUGCGAUAUUGAAGGUGAUAUUAAAUGGUGAGAAAGUUGAAGAUGGCAUUGACUAUGAUUACAUAUGUGGUUUGUGUGAUGGUUACUCUGGUUCGGAUAUUCUUGAGCUCUGCAAAAAAGCUGCGUAUUUACCACUUCGGGACUUACUCGAGGAUGAGAAAAAUGGAAAACCAUCUCAGGAACUAAGGCCAUUGUCACACUCAGAUUUGGCGACAGUCUUUGCUACAACCACUAAGACAAGUGCGGCUGCAAUUGAAUACAGCAAACGAACCAAAUGACACUAAAAAGGCCUAUACAUAUAUAAUAUACAUACGAGUUCGAGUUUCACACAAGCUCUCUUUUUGAAAACUUCAGUGCACGAUCCUUUAAUUCUCAUGCACUGUCGCUUAAUUCUUACUGUCGGCUGAUUGCUUUUACAAUGAAAGCAAGCGUAACAGAUUAGUGCUCGUCGCAGUGACUACUAAUUCAAAAUACUCGGGGUACAUACUAUAGGUAUCGAAAAUCGAUGAGAUUGUUGACUCACUCGAGCAUGUUUUUCGACAAAUUAAACUUCUUCACUGUUAAAAUGUCCGCUUUAAAUCUUGCUUGUUAAUAUUCAAUCAUCUCAUGUUAAUAUUCAGAUCAGUGAUGGAUUAGUGUACCUGCAGGUAAGAAAACCACUCUCUUAGUUCUUCUUCUAAAAAUGCUUUUUAUAAAUAAUGGACAGGUUUUGCUACUUAAUCUUACUUUGCUUAGGGGGCUAUGGCCCCCCAAAAUAAUUAUCCUUUUAACUAGUUUAUACAUACAUUUUGUUAUUUAAAUUAUUUAUUUAUUUGUAUUUCCUUAUUGCCCCCUAUUUAAUUAACCUGAUUAAUCAUUGUGUUAAAAGUUCACACAUACUUUGCUCUGCUUGAGCUCAUAAUGACAGAACCUUUUAACUAUCUGACG